AUGCCACCCUCAAAUGGCAAUGUCGGAGGUCUUGGCCUCGACACGAAUGUGAAGCCAUCGACGUCGCAUCCGGCUACACAAGAUGCACCACCAGCAGCAGCAACAGCAGCAGCAGCAGGAGGACUCAAUGACCAGUCGAUGAUGAUGCAGGUGCUCAGCGGGAUUCAGGACAUGCAAAAAGAGCUGACCCGCCUGAACCGACGUCUGGAUGCCAUGGAAGCGCCAGACAUGUCAGGCUCCUACUCGCCCCUCUCACGCCCUUUGCCCAUCUCGCGCUUCAACUCGUACACAAAUGGUACUCCGCGCCUAGGCUCGCCAGACAAGGGGAGCCGCGCUCUACCUCCUCACAUUACCCAACUGGGCACUGCAGAGUCGCAACCAGCCCCCAUCUUGGCAAAGCAGCCAGACCUCGGCCUCUGGUGCGUCGUCCCCGCCGGAGGAGCAGGCACCAGGCUCUGGCCCUUGAGCAGGGAGAACUACCCAAAGUUCCUCCUCGACCUCACUGGCUCAGGCCGUACCCUCCUCCAGAGCACCUGGGAUCGUCUCCUGCCCCUCGCCGGCGCCAAGCAACUCAUGGUAGUCACAGGCUCAGCACACACAGACCCCGUGAUGGGCCAAUUGCCCGAGCUCGAAGAGUCAAACGUCUUCGCAGAGCCAUCGCCCAAGGAAAGUAUGGCAGCCAUUGGUCUCGCCGCCGCAGUCCUCCAACGUCGUGACCCAGAGGCUGUCCUGGGCUCCUUUGCCGCUGAUCACAUCAUCUCAGGUCGCGACGCCUUUGAGUCUGCCGUAACCGAGGCAGUUGCAGUAGCUAAAGCCGGCUUCCUCGUCACCAUCGGAAUUGCCCCCUCACACCCUUCUACGGGCUUCGGAUACAUCAAACUCGGAGAGAACCUUCGCGUCUCGUCCGCCCCAAACGCUCGCAAGGUCAUUGAUUUCAAGGAAAAGCCUGACGCGCGGACUGCCUCGGCGUACCUGGCCACAGGUGACUACAGGUGGAACGGAGGCAUGUUCGUCGUCAAGGCUGCUGUGUUGAUGAGCCUGCUCAAGAAGAGCAUGCCCUCCCUUCACGAAGGACUGGACAGGAUCGCUGCAGCAUGGGACACGGCCGAUCGACAGAGCGUGCUGCACGAGGUCUGGCCCACGCUGGACAAGAUCGCCAUCGAUCAUGCUGUUGCCGAGCCUGCGGCUAGAGCCGGACAGGUAGCUGUCAUUCCCGCCACAUUUGGUUGGGACGACGUGGGAGACUUCUCGUCGCUGGCUGACCUGCUGCCAGCAGAGAAGGGCGAGGCUCGCGUCUUGGGAGAGUCGAAGCUGGUCAUCACCGAGGGCCAGGCCGGUGGGCUCGUCGUGCCGGCUGGCGGCAGACCCAUCGCCUGCUUGGGCGUAGAUGAUGUGGUUGUCGUGGAUACGCAGGAGGUGCUACUCGUCACGACGAGGGCGAGGGCGCAGGAGGUAAAGAAGAUGGUGGCCAAGAUCAAGGCGAGGAAUAUGGGCUAUCUGACAUAA